AUGUGCCAAAUCACAGUGCUGCCGGAUUAUGUGACCUCAUCACCAAUGCUCUUUAUGUAUCUUCACUCGGGCUCGAAUUCGUUGAUUCUGAUCUUUUCGACAAAAACGUAUCGGGAUGAAAUGACGGUGUUUGAAUCGCUCAAUUGCAUUCUCUGCAAGCAACCGUCUGCUCGAGUUGCUAAUCAACCUCGAUCUCCACUUCAGUUGGGCUGUGGAUUGGCCAUGUGCAACGAAUGUUUCAAGAAAGAGCAGAUGUUGGCACGAAACGAGAGAAAACAUCAAUGUGGACUCUGCACAUCGAUUACACCCCUGUACGUUUUGUCACAAGAGGACACUCUGGUGCUUACUCCAAUGGGAUAUGUGCUUCUAAAGCCUUUCAAAAUUCCGGAAUGUCCAAUUUGUCAGGAUGAAUAUUCGGAUGAAAUUGAAGCGAAGAAAUCGUUUGCUCUUAGUUGCGGUCAUAUUAUUUGCACGGAAUGCUAUUUGAAGACAAGAAGUUUUAACAACUGUUUUGGUUUUGGAACAAAAUGUCCAACUUGUUGCAAUCUUACGCACACUGGUCUCAACCAACGGAAAGAUCGAUUUCAUGAUUUUUUAAAUGAACUACCCGAAAUGACUCGACAAAUCGAAACAAUAGAGAAAGCUUUAAUGAAUGCUAAGGAUGCACGUAGCUGCAACGAAUGCGACGAAAAGGAUACUAUCGACAAGAUGUUUUACUGUAGCGCAUGCAGCUUUGAGAUUUGUGCUGUUUGUGCUUACAAGAGACCGCAUCCACAUGGGGCUAUUUCGUUGUUGGGGAAACAGGCUAACCAAAUGUUGAUGAAACUUCAACAAGCGUCAAGAAAUGUCAUCAAGACGCACAAGGAUUUGGUUCCUGAACUACACAAGGGCCUUCUUGAGGGCAUCGACAUCUUUGAAACGAAAUUACGUUCGAAAGAAGAAACCCUCAAGGACGCUUUAACUUGGAUCAAUUUACAGGAAAAUCAUGAAUCAUUUACAAAGAUGAAGUCCAAAUUCGAGUCAUCCGCUAAGAGAUACUUGCCUCAUUUGCACGAUUUCGAUACUGAAAUUAAAGAAUUGAUUCAAACCCUCAACGAGUUUCCCGAUGUCAAGAAAUCCGAU